CCUCCUCACGCCCGGCCGUUCUAGCUCAUUAUUCUCGUUCGUUGCUGUUGUCGGUCCAAGUGCCUGUCUGUACGUAUUACAUAUGCGAGCUGCUCGGCUCGCGCACAGAACAUCCAUGUGCUAAUUCGUCAUCAACCCGCCCCGGACCAAGGAUGGACGGCCGGGCGAAGGCGGGGAAGAGCGUCACCUUCAAGCCGCAGCGCCCAGAUGCGAAGGACGAGGAGACCGGGGGCCAGGUCAAGAAGAGCCAGAAGCUGGCGCCAUCCAGGCGGAGGACCACCCUUUCUCGCAUCAAGGUGAACGAGCGGACGUGCUUCGUCCUCGAUGGACUCGAACAGUUCAGCCUUGGAGAGAUCAUCGACGAUGUUGGAUUCGGCCCCUACCAGGUCCACACCUUCAUCAUCUCGGCGGGCGCGCUGAUGUCUGAGGCGGCCCUCAUAGAGAUGUGCUCGAGCGUGGCCAAGACCGUCAGCGCCGACUUCGGCAUCGAAAGCGACCUUCAGAAGGCCAUGAUCGUGGCAUUCCUGUUCGCAGGCAUCCAGCUGGGCACCUUCGCCUCGGGCCCGCUUGGGGACUUUCUGGGGCGCCGGUGGCCGGUCCUCCUGGGCUACUGCGGCAUGCUGCUGGGCGCCGUGGCCGCCUUCUUCUCGCCGAGCAUGGGCCUCCUCCUCGUGGUCCUGGUGCUGACGGGGGUGUCGGCGGGCAUUUGCGUCCCCGCCGCCAUGAUCACCCUGACGGAGGUCAUGCCGUCGCGCCUCCGAGGCGUCGUGGGCGCUGCCAUCGGGAUGGCCUGGAGGCUGGGCUGGCUCUGGGCCGCCUUCGGGCUGCGGCUCUUCAUGCCCGACCUGCAGCACGGGCCCUGGCGCUGGCUCGUCCUGUGGGCGGCCGCCCCCGCCGCCCUCUUCCUCUGCUUCGUGGCGGCGAGCCCCGUCUUCCGCCAGGACGGCCCGCACUACCUGGCCAUCCGGGGCGACGGGAGGAAGCUGAUCGAUGCGAUCAAUUUGGUGGCGGACAUGAACGGGCGCCCUGACCGGAAGAUGGUGUUCGACGCCAGCAUCCGGAAGGAGAAUAGCGCGGUGAUCUCCUUCGGGGAGACGGUCGCGAUUUUGAAGACGCACCCGUUCUGGCAGUACUUCUGCUGCAUGGUGGCGAUGUUCUUCAGUAAAGAGUUCCUGGCGGCGGGACUGGUUGCCUUCUGGCCUGUCGCGUUCUCCUCGGUGGGUGCCCUCGGAUCGCUCGUACCUGCUACUGGGCUCGCGGUCACCACUUUCAUCAGCAUCCCUGGGAUCUUCGUCGCGAUGUAUUUGAUGUAUUGGCUCCCGCGCCGCACCGCCCUCUGGACCGGCACCGCGCUGUCCGCGCUCUCGGCGCUGCUGAUACUGGGCCUGGAUGGGGCCUCGAGCUGGCAGGUGGGCCUCGGCCUCGUGGGCGUGGCUUCGAUCCAGCUCUUCUUCCCGACGUGGCAGAUGGUCACCAUGCUGCUCGUCAGCGAGGUGUUUCCGACGCAGGUGCGCGGCUGGGCCUUCUCGCUGAGCUUCUUCCUCGGACGCUUCGGGUCCGAAGUGGCCCAGGUCGUCGUCAACACGUCGCAGCACGGGUUCCUGGUCGCGUGCGCAUGCCUCGCGGGCGUGGCCGCGCUUGCCGCGAGCAGGCUGCCCGAGACGAGCGGCGUGGAGCUCACGAACUUCACCGCCAAGGGCGAGGAGGCCAAGCUGGUCGGAUCCGAUAAGGAGGAGCCGCUUGAGUCUGGCGGAUACGGUGCGGCCAGCAAGCCCGCGGCUGCGACGGACUGAGCGGGUGGUGCACGCAGGUCGGCGGGGGACUGGCUGUGCUGGCCUUGUUGGCCAGGCCGAUUUUCUGGCUGCUUCGGCCGUGUAUUCGUAGGGAUUUCCGGCCAUGCCGCUUCAGGGGCUCCAGCGAGCGGGGUCGAUGGCUCUCUCUCUCCUCCUCUUACUCCUCCUCCUCCUUCCUCCCCCUCUCCUUCUCCUCUCACUGCUCG